UCACUUUCUCCUCAAAGUGGCAUUCAUCACUGCGUCCUGCAGCUGACACCGAAAGUUAGGUGGGACUGGAAAGAGGAGGCCAACUCUCUGACAGAACCAUGUUGCUGUGGUCAAUAUGGAGUGCAUUAUUGCUACUGAACUCGCUGGAGGGUGCCGAGGAGGACGACCUCCGAGCAGGAUGCAGCACAGCUGUAAAUGACCUGGUCUAUAUUGUUGAUGGCUCAUGGAGUGUUGGAUCCGCUGACUUCGAAACAGCCAAACAGUGGCUUAUAAACAUAACCAGCCAAUUUGACAUCAGUUCCUACUACACACAGGUGGCUGUGAUCCAGUACAGUGACACUCCUCGUCUGGAGAUUCCUCUGGGGUUACAUCAGAGUGGAGCAGAGCUCAUCCAGGCCAUACAGAGCAUCACCUACCUGGGAGGAAACACACAGACCGGCAGGGCCAUCAGGUUUGCUGGGGACCACGUCUUCUCCUCCUCACAAAGAGCCAGCCAGGUCAAGCACCGCAUUGCUGUGGUGGUGACUGAUGGCAAAUCCCAGGAUGACGUGGUGGAUAUCAGUAUGGAGGCACGGGCUCAGGGCAUUAAAAUAUUCGCUGUUGGAGUGGGCAGUGAGAUCACCACCUCAGAGCUGAUUACCAUCGCUAAUAAACCAUCUUCUACCUAUGUCCUGUAUGCUGAAGAUUACACCACCAUUGACCGUAUCCGAGACUCCAUGGAGCAAAAGCUCUGUGAAGAGUCUGUGUGUCCAACACGAAUCCCGGUGGCCUCUCGUGAUGAGAAAGGCUUUGAGCUGAUGGUGGGAAUGAAGAUUCAGACAAAGGCCAAGAAGAUUCCCGGCUCUUUGAUUUCUGAGGCAGCCUACGCUUUGACUGCCUCCACAGACAUUACUGAGAACACCAAGGAGAUUUUCCCAGAGGGCCUCCCGCCAUCCUACGUGUUUGUUGCCACCAUACGACUAAAGGGGACCGCUAGCAAGCUGACCUUUGAUCUUUGGAGGGUGCUGUCUAAGGAUAAGGAGAUCCAGGCCGCAGUGACACUAAGUGGAAAAGACAAAACAGUCACCUUCACCACCACCAGUAUAAGACAAAAAGAACAGAAAGUAGUCUUUAAGGAAAAUUUUCAGACCCUUUACGAUGAAAAGUGGCAUCAGCUCAAACUCCUGGUGAGGCCAACCCAGGUCACCAGUUUCCUCGACGAUGAACCAAUCCAGGAAAUAUUGUUGGAUCCAAUGGAGGCUAUUUACAUCAAUGGGGAGACACAGGUGGCUAAGAGGAGAGGGACGGACAUCACUGUAUCCGUGGAGAUUCAGAAGCUGCGUCUGUACUGUGAUCCUCACCAGAGUGAGAGAGAAACAGCCUGUGAGAUCUACUCUGUGGAUGAUGAAAGGUGUCCUCUGAAUCGAACAGCCACAACGGAGGAAGAAGACUGCAACUGUGUGGUUGGACCACCGGGGCAGCGUGGUCUCCCCGGGCGCAUGGGUUUCCGAGGGCAGAAAGGGAGGGAAGGACCACCAGGACCUGAUGGUAAGCCUGGUAAAGAUGGGAAAACUGGGGAAUCUGGCCUUCCAGGAAUAUCAGGACUCAAGGGUGACGUCGGCGCUGUAGGACUAACGGGGGAGCCUGGUCUUAAAGGUCCCAUGGGAGAGCGUGGUGAGCCAGGUUUUCCAGGAGAACCAGGACCACGAGGACUCAAGGGACUUCCUGGUGAUAGAGGGGAGGCGGGGCCUCCAGGAGAAAGUGGACCAAUGGGAGAGCCAGGAGAACCAGGCAGCGGCGGACAGGUUGGGCCACCAGGACCAAAGGGUGUGAUUGGAGACCCUGGGCCUACUGGUGACGCUGGACCUCAAGGUGCCUCGGGUGCUCAGGGACCACCUGGAGAGGCGGGGCCAAAGGGACCUCAGGGGGAGGCAGGAUUGCCUGGGCCUGAAGGACCAUCAGGAAUAAACGGACCGGGAAUCCAGGGGCCCCGGGGGCCGCCCGGAGAGAUCGGCCGAGAUGGUCCCAAGGGGAAGUGUGGAGAUCAGGGGGUUGCCGGCCCGCUUGGUCCACCAGGUCAGAAGGGCUCGAUAGGGGAGCCAGGUUUCCCAGGCAUGCCGGGUGCCACUGGACUGCCGGGGUUUAAAGGCCACAAGGGGGAGAGGGGAGAGCCGGGAUCUAAAGGACACCAGGGCGAGUCUGGCAGAGACGGAGAAGAGGGGACGCCCGGUGUACCUGGCGAAGUGGGACCCAGGGGAUGGAAAGGAGAGAAAGGAGUGACAGGGGAUUUUGGCCUCAGGGGGACUGAAGGAAAGAAAGGAGAGAUGGGCCAUAUGGGUGCUGUUGGUCCCCGGGGAUUUCCUGGCCAGGACGGGUUGCCGGGACUACCAGGUCAUUCAGGAUACCCUGGAAAACCUGGCAAGCCUCCCUCAGAUGAACAUCUUCUUAAGCUCUGCUCGGAUGUCCUGCGUAAUCAGCUUCCAGCACUACUCCAGAGCCUGGCUCAACCAGCUAGGUGUGAAUCCUGCCACAGUGUGAAGGGACCCCCAGGGGAGCAAGGAGCACCAGGACCCAAAGGCUCCAUGGGAACUCCAGGCUACCCUGGCAGGAGUGGAUCUCCUGGAUACCCAGGACCCCCUGGUAUGCAGGGUUCUGCAGGCCUAAAAGGUGACAUCGGACCAAGGGGCCUCAAAGGCAGCAAAGGGGAAGGGUACCUUGGACCCCCAGGACCACCUGGACAGCCAGGAAUUCAGGGUCCUCGCGGUUUCGAUGGAGUCGGCCAUCCAGGAAAUCAGGGCAUUCCUGGAAAACCAGGACCACCAGGAGACCCCGGUAAACGAGGCAACCCGGGGCUUCCAGGGGUUUGUGAUGUUUCCAUGUGUUAUCAGACCUACAACCUCAGGGAACAUUACAGCAAAGGACCAAAUGUCUGAUGUUCAAGCAGCGUGUGGGAGGCUGCUAUUGACUCAAACACCCAGGUGUUUCCAGGAACGAUUUACUGAAUCACUGAUUUACAGAGAUGUGUGUGACUGUUGAGUCUGUUAUGACAAAGUGUGUAUGGAGAACAGCUGCUCUGGAGGCACAAACAACCUCAUUAGUUGAAAUAAACUGAAAUAGGAAUGGCACUGGUUCAUGAUAAUGAACAGCAUGCUAGCAGCCUAGCUUACUGAGAUACCAGACAACUAGGUCAACUCUCUUAUAAAACUUUCUAAGUUUGAGUAAGGCUCAGGAAAGAAAAAAUAUUAGGCUUUUUGUAAAUCAUUGCCCAUGGAUAUGCAGUAAACUGUGCAUAGUUCUGCUAUCUGUGGGCACAGCUUUGUAAACCAAAGAAAAGUUUAGUAAAAUGUGCACACAGAUUUGCAAAGUGUAGGCAAGGAGAUGUAAACUGUGUGUAUUGGUUUGCAAUCUGUGGGCACAGAAUGCAUAAUUCCUACCUAAGCUUUACCUCAUCACUAAAUGAUGAAGUCUGUGUACCUCUUAUUUUACUUGACUUAUCCUUAAUGUUUGAGCUAAUAAUUUAGGCUUUGCUAGCAAGACCAGAUGCUAACAGGUUAACCUCAACAGGAUUUUGUCUAAACAUCUGCAACAAAUCUUUAAUACACAGUUGUAAAAUAAAAAAAGAGGAGGUCCUAGUCUGAGAGAUUACUGUAUAUGAAACCUGAGGCUAAUAAAGCAACGUAAAUAUUAGCCUGAUCCUGACGAACUUGUGCCAAAGUACACGUCAAAUGAGUAUUUAUUCAUUGAAUAAUCUAUCAUUUACCGCAGUAUGGUAAAACUGUACACAACAUAUCUGUGGUAUGAUCCAAUGAGGUAAUGUCAACUUGUGAGACUAUUUCUGCCUUCAGUUCAACUGACUCAGUGAACUGAUUGUAUCUACAAUUUAUGUGGAACUUAGAGAACAUUUCAAAAUAGCAAUUCUUGUGAAAUCAUAGCUAGGGUUAGAUUAUGUUUUUUGGAUUAUUAUCUCAAAGGUUAUUAGAGCAUGGAGCAUUCUUGGUUUGUGCUAAAUGUCUUUUUGUAUCUGCCAUUAUUUUCUAGUUUGCCAAAGAGUUAUCGUGCAUGCCUUUACAAUGCAUACACGGCCAUACAUUCUUAAAACUUUACUUCAGCAGCAGUAGAUUUUCUUAAGAAUUUAACCUGUCCCCGUUUUUAAUUUACUCCCAUUUCAGUUUGCUGUUGAGGAUCUUUGCCGUUUUAAACUGAAAUUAUUAACUUAACAUGUCUUCAUUAUUAAUGUAUUGUAUUUCAUUUCCACAGCAAAAAAACAAACAUCAGUAGUAACAGUCGUGUUAUACUCAUAAUAUGACUGCAGCAUAAAGUCACUCUUCUCACACAUAAAAGUGGAAGUCAUUCAAGAAAAUGUGAAUGGAAACUAGAUUUCUCUUGAAGAGAAACUCGGAGCAGAAGAGGUGGAAGUUUGGCAGCCUUAGUUAUUUUCUAACUUUUUCGAUUUUAUUCAAACACUUGUAAGACGGCACAACAUUUGACCAAACUCAUUUCAAUGUAACUGCAGCAAUCAGUGGUUCUUUUUUUGCAGUGACAAGUAAACAUGCAAAUCUGAAAUAUAUAUUAUGUUGAGUUAUACUGUUGAUGUGUUAUUUUUAAUCAUUUACUGACGGCUACUGAUCCUAAGGGUGCAGACAUUUAAGAAAAUAGAAAGGAAAAUAACGUGAUCUGCAGACCGAGUUGAGGAUAUCUAAAAUGUGUUUCGAAAUGCCUGUGUGAAACAAGGUGCAUUCAUUCAUUUAUUUUGUUUACUAAUGGAUUGCUUUUCAGCCUUUAGCGAAGUGAAUACAUUUAUGUGCAAUGGUUAAGCAAAUGAUAGCAUGCAAGUUUUUUUUUUUCAGGUUUACUUUUGGGCUUUUUUUAAUAUCUUUACUGUAGAGACAGGAAAGUGGCUAGAAUUGGAAAUCAGGGAGGUGGGAAUAACAUGCGGAUUUGAACCCGGGCCAUCUGCCUCGAGGGCCAAAGCCUCUGUACGUGCAAACUAACCGAUGCCACAUGGCGACCUCCUCUUAAAAAACAAGAAUUUGAGAAGUUUUCUUCUACUCUUGAGGACAGACCUGAAAAAAAAGCUUGCUGGUUUACUUUUUGCAAAUCUGCAUCAUGAUGAAGAGAGUCAGAGUGAAGCGCUGUGUAACUUAUAUUCUGCUGUUGAACUGAGACUCAGCAGAAAAAGAGGCACUACUCUGGGAUGUUAUAGACCAAGAAAUUACAGCGUUUACGUUGCAUUUACAUUCAUAGAUUGCUGAAAGGUUCAAAGACUGGGGUCACACUAACCUUAACCCUAACCCUUAUAACUAGUUAAAAGCAACUACAAUUAGUUUCUUUACUUUUCUAUGGCCCAUUUAAAGUCAUUGUACUCAGUAAAAAGAAUUCAGAUCAACCAUUUUUAGUCACAUCAGCUCUAUGAAGUUAUGGCGGUACAUCGAGCAGUUCUAUGGAGCCAAAUUGAGCAGCUGUUUCUGUUCCAGGUAGAGGGAUUUAGCAACAAUAAGCUGCCACAGCAUCAUAUUAGCUGAUACAGACAAAAAAAAACAGAAACAUGCAACUACAGAAAUAAGCAGUUUAGCGAUGCAUUAGCAAGGAGAAAGACAUAUUUUUUCUUAAGCAUUCAGAAGAAAGUCAAUUCCAUAGCCAUUUAAGGGGCAUACUGGUUGUUUUACGGAAAAUGGCUCUUGUCCCAGUUUCCCCAAAAGAGAGACUUAAAAAGUCAGUGUAUGGUGAGGCCUGAUAAGACAAACAUGUCAUCAGAAAACUCUGCCAAACACUUGGAGCCCUUCCAAAUGCCUGGUGGAGUCACAGACGUGUUUGCACCUCUCUUUUUGGUUCAGACUUCAGGAUGCCAGUUUCCUUUCUGUUGUUUGCUGCUCUCACCUGUUAUUGUUGUCUUGUCAAUAAGCUUGGCAGAUUUCAAAGUAUCAGCGCUGUAAGCAAGCGGUACAGAGCCUUUGAAGUAACACAAAGUGGGAAGAAUUUAAGCAAGCAUAAAGCCAACAUAGCUGCUGGAAGAGUAACAAUGUUAGAGUAACUCUGCAUGUUGCCAACCUUCGCUUUUAGCUUUCAGCUUCUCGGGUUCUUAGACUUCAUCCCUCAUGUUAUUUAAAUUUAGAGUAACAUUUUAGAGUGAGCAGCAGUGAGAUGCUUUUGUUGCUUAUCACAUCCCAUUCAAAAGUUUGAUGAAACAAAUAAAAUAGUCAUUUAUUUUAGUAACCUAAAAAAACACUUAGGUUCAUCCUCUUGGGAUUAGACAAGAAACCUUCAAAAAAUGUACAUCAUAUUUUGACUUGUGGACACAGUGACUGCGUUUUUAUGCACACUGAGAAAUCUGGUUAUUCAUACCCCUGUAUAGUUAUUCAAACAAUAUUUCUGUCUACAAGCUCCCCAAAUUAUGAGAAAUUAUGACAGUCCAUCCUCUCCAUUUUUUUUGCCUGCUCCGCUUUUCAGAAAAUGUGUGCUCAAACAUGCUGUUUGGAGAUUUUCCCUUUAUGACAUCACAAAGGGCAGGAACCCCUCCCCCAGGUGGGUGACCUUCCCACUGCUUGGUGUUUGUUCUGCCCUCUGAGUCUGCCUUCUCACCGUAAACAAUAGGUCAUGGAGCGAGAAAGCCCGAGACACCCAAGGUCUUUCAGAGAGGGGUGUGGCCAGACCAAUUGAGGGGUUUAUAGGCAUGAUCAAAUACAGGAUCAGAGUGGAUUUAAAGCAAGAAACUUCACAGACAUGCUUUGGGGACCCCUGAGGCUCAUUUAAACUGUUUAAAAGGGAGUAUAAUAUGGGACCUUUCGUUAAAACUGUAGGUAUGAGUGAAGGAAAUUUAAUUACCAAAUGUCAAACAUGCUGGUUCCAGCUUCCAAACUUAAGAGUUCUGGACUUUUGGCUAAACAAAAAAGAAGCUAUAGCUUACUGUAAAAAAUCAUAUUGUGCUCUGGACCAAUAUGGAUGACGAGUUUUCAUCAUUUCUGGCAUCGUACUGACAAGAAAAGAAUCCUUAAGUAUUGGAAAUACACAGUAUGGAUUGAAAGUGAAAAUAAUAUCACGUUGCAGCCAUACCUGUUGUUGAAAUUUGGGAAAUGUAGGAUCCAGGAGUCCCGGAGCUCAACACAUGCUAGAAAAUAAACGUCAGGAUUCCUAAACCUCUUGUGUUAUAACAUAAGAUGUUUAAUCUGCCUUUUGCAAAUUCCCUGACUUUACAGAAGAUCACUACUUAAAAGAUAGAAAGAGCAACCCUUUAAACCAAAUGUUUCAUCAUCUUCCACCUGACAACACAUCGAUGCAAACCAUGGUUUUAUAUUGUUAACCUCAACAUCCAUCUUAAGAUCUUUAUGUAUUUCCAUAUCUGGAAAAGCAAACAGGAAGUUCAUCAACAGUUUUCUGUCGACAAAUUCUUACAGCAAAUGACAAAUGGCAUGUUUGUUGGUGUCUACCAACAAUGCAAAAUGAUUUUUUGCUGACCUGGCCAUAGGUGAAUUAUAGGGAAAAGAGCCUGAGAAUGAUGGUUGAAGGGUAAAUAAAGUAUGAAUGAUCGUUGGUAUGAGAUUGGACGAGGUCUCUGGCCUCAAAGUCAAACUCCUAACUUCAGCUUUUUGCAGCACUACUUCACUGUCAUGCUACUUUUGCUUUUUUUUUUCACAGAGAAAGCUGCAGUCCUGUUCUGUUGUUGAAUACAGUCUCAUAUUUAAUGCUGUGACUGAAAGAUGUAGCCUAGGUUUGGUUUUUAACACAGUAUAGCCAGUAUAUUAUUUUCUUCUGAAAUAAAUGAGUAAGUUCUGACACUUGCUGUAUAAGGUGUCAGCAUAUCAGUUGAGGUCAUCAGUGCAGUCGGUGCUAUGUGGGGGUUUAUUUCCCUGUGCGGAUGGGGACAUGUUUUGUUUCCUGUGCAGAUGGUGACAAGAUUUGAGUUGGAGUUUUUCAAUGUGAUUAAAAACUUUGUGAUUACACUCAAAACACACACUUACAACAUUCUUGUCCAGGAUGUUUUGCAUUAUGUUGCCCGUGUUCUGUAUUUGUGAUAGACUUUUUAAAAAAUGCAUCAGUUAAUAACCUUUUCAAAUUGUUCAUGAUAUAUAAUAUCCGUAUGCUGGAGAAAUGUAAUGUUUACAAAGGUAUUUUUAUAUAUAUAUAUUUGUCGGAUUACAUUGCAUUAUGAGUUGUAAAAUGAUUUUUGUAUUGAAAUAAACCUUCAGUAAAUGUAU